AUGGCUAAUCUGGGAUCCUUCGGGACCCCCGUUCAACAGACUAACGACGCUGACAACCACUCGCACAAUGUCGGCCCAGACCGCGCGGAUCUGAACGGUAGUCCCGCCGUCGAUGACUUAGAAAAUAAGCACAUCACCGGUGUUGAAGAUCAGCUCAUUUCAGCAGAUGUUAGUGUUAGUGGAGGGUCGGAUACGGAAGCAUCGCGGGCUGCCCGAGAUGGAGAGAAGGGUCACGGAAGGACGUCAUCAUCCGUCAAGAAACCUGCGACGUUCAAGGCUGUGUCGGUCAACAAAAAGUUUCUAGCCUCCAAAGGCCCCGUGAGUACCUCGACGACCAAACCCGGCGAGAAGACGAACUCGACGUCGAUCCUAAGCUCUUCACCGUCGGGAAACUCGACUCUGUCGUCGCGACCGAGACUUGUCGCAAAGUCGGGGACUGGCACGGGCUCCACUCCGCGCGUGAACUCGGCUGCCAAUGGCGCCCAGCCCGCCUCGGGCCCUGAUCCCAACGCAGUGUGGAACAAGAACCGACCUGUUCCUGUUCCGGAACCCAAGAAGCUGACAGACGAGGAACUUAAGAAGUAUGGCAUUCAUAUGGCAAGCCGGCUUGCUCCGGAAAGCGGUCAGGCACAAGGCAACUGGGCGGACAUAGAGGAUGACGACGAUGAUUGGGCUCCUGAGACUAUUACUUGGACAGAUGGUACCAAGACUACGCUCCCGCACCCCGACGAAACGCCUGCACCGCCGCCCGAGCCGAUCCCAGCGCCGCCGAAAGAGAAAGCAAUAGAGAAGCCAAAGUCACCCGCACCACCGCCUCGCACCACCGCCUCGCCCUCCAUCAAGUCUGGAGGUCUUGCUUCUGGCAAGGGGUUGAUUCUCAAGGCUGGGUCUGCCGACAAGCCAACACUCGUCGCAAAGCCGCCUGCGCCUCCGACGCCAGUAAAAUCACCAUGGGCUCCUCUUCCACCUAUCGAAAAGGCUCCACCAGUCGUCGCAGAGCCACCUGCGCCUCAAGCCGGCACGAGAUAUUCUGCAAGAGACCACAUCGCCAAGAGCAAAACCCCGCCGCCUCACCAUGCUAAAGAGAUCGCCGCCGAUGACUUCAGUCGAUCGGCUUGGAGGGAAGGGCCCGCCGCGGGUGGAAACAGGGAGCUCUUCAACUCUCAGUCUGGACGUUACGAGCCGGCACCUGAUCGAAGGGGCUCGAUGCGGUCCGACGCUCACCCUAGACAGCCUGCCUUGUUGCAGCGCCCAUCCCAGUCUGAUCACCCGGAGCCGUCCGCUGCUUUUCAGACUAGUAGAAACUCGGUACCCGAUGGUCCUUACGGCAGACGUCGCGGAUCUUCUGUUGCUAGCGUUGGUAGCGGAUCCUAUCUGCAACGACCGGGCAAGGGCCACGAGUUGCCGAUGCCUCCCCAGGACUUGCUGAACGCACGUAGAGGGUCCAUGGCCGGGUCGGUCGAUAGCCCAGUCUCCCCACGAAACUUCUCCCCCUCAGGCUUGCAACAGGGUCCUCGGAUGCACGGGAACCAGCAGUGGCAGCCUCGGCCAUCGCCAGGAACUACCCAUGCUAGCUUGCACUCCGCUGGCUCCCAGCCGGAUGUCAGACCAGUACAGCCACCCCCGAUGGCCCGCUUAGAGGAGGACCUUGAACUACAGAAGAAGAUUAUGCGCGAGAAGCGUGAGUUGGCGAUGCAGAGAAGACGCGAAGAAGAGGCCCGCGAGGAGGCCGCAAGGAAAGAGCGCAUCAAGGCCAAGUUGGAAGCUAUGGGACCACCUCCGGAACGCAAGAGUGCUAAGAAGGAAUCAUCACCCGAGGAUUUCAGCAGGGUUGCUCAAGCACAGUCGCAAUCUCAACAACGGGACGGCUCUGCUGGCGCCGAUUCGGGCUCUCAGCCACCAGCAGCGAGCCCUGAUUCAUCUACCGCGCCAGUGACUACUUCUCACGCGAGUGACAAACCGUUCAGCGACAGGCCCAGCACUGCUGGUGGAGAUCAUGGAAGAAGACCUGGCGGUCAAGAAGCUAAACAAUCUAGCUCUUGGGUGGCACCUUCACCUCAGCAGGAACGUCUUCCCACCUGGGGUACUUCUGCUCCUCAAGCUCCUCGCAACGUUUGGGGGUCGCCCAACAACGAUCGCGGACUCGGCAACGGGACUUUCAGCACUGACCUGGCUCAGCUGCCUGGUCAGCUUCCUCAGGCUCAGGGCAAGAAGGGACCUGCGCCCAUCGCACCACCCAGCGUGCAACGAGCCCCGCCUCAAAUUCCGGCGGCCACCCAGCCUCGCCCUGCACCUGGAGGCCCACGUGAAGUCAGCGACAUGAGAAACAGAUGGGCCAACUCGGUGUUGGAAGGGGAUAAGAUAGUUCUGGACGAGAAGAGAACACAGCGUCUCGAGCGCGACCGAACUCUUGCCGAGCGUGGGCUCACUAUUGAGCAAGCUCAGGCCUCUAUCAAAGACACAUGGCGGCCCUCUGGAGACGGCAGACGCGAUCCCGCACAAGUCAUUCACCAUGACGUCUCCGGUCGUGGCAUUGACCACCCCUCAGCACCCACUGGCUCAUCAGCAGGUUCGAUACUGCCUCCCACCGGUCCGUCAGCAGCAACCCAGUCUCGCACCUCUUCCAGGUUCUUCCCCCCAAGGACAGCAGACAUGAUUCUUCAGGUUCCCAUACGGAGCCAUCGAGGCCCAACUCACCUUCACCACCGCCUCCGGAUAUGCUAG